AUGGAGGUUCCGGUCAUCUUCGGUGAAUGGUGGAAGGCGGACACGGAGGCGGUGGUCAGCCAGGCGCUCCAGACGGGCGGAUCCCCGAAUGUCUCCGACGCUUUUACAAUAAAUGGGCUCCCUGGGCCGCUCUACAACUGCUCUGCCCAAGACACAUUCAGACUGAAGGUGGAACCCGGGAAAACGUACAUGCUGCGCCUCAUCAAUGCCGCGCUCGAUGACGAACUCUUCUUCUCCGUCGCCAAUCACACGCUCACCAUCGUCGAGGUCGAUGCCGUUUAUGUCAAGCCCUUCACAGUCAAGACUCUGAUCAUCUCACCGGGCCAGACCACCAAUGUACUCCUCACCACCAAGCCCUUGUACCCCAAGGCCAACUUCUACAUGUUGGCCGCCUUCUACCUAGGGUACCAAAAUCCUAGGGACCCCCUAAGGCCUAGCACCAUCAACAACACCACCGUUGCCGGCAUUCUCGAGUACCAAAAUCCGGGUUCCCCCAUAGCGCCAACCUCUGACAAAGACUUGCCACUGUUCAAGCCAACGCUCCCGCGGUUCAACGACACCGGCUUCGUCGCCAACUUCGCCUCCAAGCUCCGCAGCCUUGCCACGCCGGUCGUGCCGCGGUCGGUUGACAAGAAGUUCUUCUUCACGGUCGGCAUGGGCACGUUCCCGUGCCCCAUGGACGCGACGUGCCAAGGGCCCGUUAACGGGACGCGGUUCGCGGCAGCUGUGAACAACGUCUCCUUCGUACUCCCUUCCAUGGCGCUCCUUCAGUCGCACUUCACCGGCAUGUCGCGGGGCGUCUACGGGUCCGACUUUCCGGCCAUGCCCCCGUUUCAGUUCAACUACACCGGGGCACCGCCGGACAACAUGAACGUCGGCAAGGGGACCAAGGUUGCGGUGCUGCCAUUCAACGCGUCGGUGGAGCUGGUGAUGCAGGACACGAGCAUCCUCGGCAUCAUCAGCCACCCCAUGCACCUGCACGGCUUCAACUUCUUUGUGGUCGGGCAAGGAUUCGGCAACUACGACCCCGUGAACGACCCCGCCAAGUUCAACCUCAUCGACCCGGUAGAGAGGAACACCGUAGUGGUGCCGGCCGGAGGGUGGGUGGCCAUUCGCUUCCUCGCCGAUAAUCCAGGUGUAUGGUUCAUGCAUUGCCAUUUGGAGGUGCACGCCUCGUGGGGAAUGAGAAUGGCGUGGCUGGUGCUAGACGGGAGCCUUCCCAACCACAAGUUGAUGCCCCCACCCACUGACCUCCCCGAAUGCUAG